UGUAAAUUACGGAGAAAGUUCCAUCUUAAUGAAAUUCACAAGCCUGGCGAUGUGGUUCUGGGUGGGAUGUUUGAAGUUCACUUUACCUCUGUCUUCCCUCAGCGGACAUUUAUCUCAGAGCCAGAACAGCCCAGCUGCGAAGGCUUUGACAUUCUAGGGUUCAGGCAUGCCAUGACUAUGGCCUUUGCUGUUGAUGAGAUCAACAAGAACUCCACUCUGCUGCCUAAUGUGACUCUGGGAUACAGUCUUUACGAUAACUGUGGGGCACUUGUUGUUGGAUUCAGUGGUUCGUUAUCACUGGCAAGUGGUCGAGAGGAGCAGUUUCUGCUUGAGAAGAACUGUUUAGGGACCCCUCCAGUCCUCGGGAUUGUUGGUGAUUCUGCCUCAACAUACACUAUUGCCAUCUCCAAUGUGCUAGGUUUAUAUAAAAUGCCCAUUGUAAGUUAUUUCUCUACAUGUUCCUGCCUGAGUGAUCGGAAACGGUUUCCGUCUUUCUUUAGAACAAUCCCAAGUGAUGCUUUCCAGGUGCGUGCCAUGAAUCAGAUUCUAAAACACUUUGGCUGGUCUUGGGUCGGCCUUCUGGUCAGUGAUGAUGACUAUGGACGUAAUGUUGCCCGAUCCUUCCAAUCUGACCUGGUUCAGUCUGGUGAAGGCUGUCUGGCCUACUCAGAGGUUUUGCCCUGGGACAGUGACCAAAGUGAACUCAGGAGGAUUGUACAUUUGAUAAAGACAUCAACAGCUCGUGUAGUCAUGGUGUUUGCACAUGAGUUUCACAUGAUUCAUCUAAUGGAAGAGGUGGCUCAGCAAAAUGUGACAGGCCGACAGUGGAUAGCAAGUGAAGCCUGGACAGGAAGUACUGUGCUCCACACACCCCUCCUCAUGCCGUACCUGAGCGGCACUCUAGGAAUUGCAAUUCGUCGUGGAGAAAUACCAGGGCUCAAAGAUUUCCUCUUACAAAUACAUCCCGGCCAAUACGACGAAAGCUAUGGAAAUAACAUGGUGACACAGUAUUGGGAAUACACCUUUCAGUGUAAAUUCGAUCCAGCAGGUUGGGUUGAAGCUGGAGGAGCACUAUGCACUGGACAGGAAGAUAUUGAACAUGUGGAAACUGAGUUUUUAGAUCUAUCUAACCUCAGACCUGAAUACAACAUAUACAAGGCUGUGUAUGCGCUGGCGUAUGCCCUCGAUGACAUGCUGCGCUGUGUCCCAGGGAGAGGGCCUUUCAGCGGGCACAGCUGUGCUACUUUGCAAACACUGGAGCCAUGGCAGCUUGUACAUUAUUUGCAAAAAGUCAAUUUCACGACACCGUUUGGUGAUCAAGUGUCAUUUGAUGAGAAUGGUGAUGUCUUACCAAUAUAUGAUAUCAUGAACUGGCUGUGGCUCCCUGAUGGAAAAACUAAAGUUCAGAAUGUGGGUGCAGUUAAAGAGUCAGCCAAUGAAGAAGAACUCACACUUGAGGAAGACAAAAUCUUCUGGAAUUUUGAAUCCAAACAGCCACCACAGUCAGUGUGCAGCGAGAGCUGUCCUCCAGGUACCCGCAUGGCCAGAAAAAAGGGGGAGCCUGUGUGCUGCUUUGAUUGCAUCCCUUGUUCUGAGGGAAAGAUAAGCAACAAGACUGACUCCAUGGAGUGCACCAGUUGUCCAGAGGACUUCUGGUCCAAUGCCCAGUGUGACCACUGUGUUCCUAAGAAAAUUGAGUUCCUCUCCUAUCAAGAGCCUUUGGGUAUCUGCUUGACAACCACCUCAUUGCUGGGCACAUUUAUCUCUGCUGUUGUCCUGGUAAUCUUCAUCUAUCAUCGCAAUACCCCUAUGGUACGCGCCAACAAUUCAGAACUAAGUUUCCUAAUCUUAGCAUCACUUAAAUUAUGUUUCCUGUGUUCACUGCUAUUUAUCGGGCGUCCAAGGCUGUGGACAUGCCAGCUGAGACAUGCAGCAUUUGGAAUCAGCUUUGUACUUUGUGUCUCAUGCAUCCUGGUAAAAACCAUGGUGGUUCUGGCAGUGUUCAAGGCCUCCAAGCCAGGUGGAGGAGCCAGUCUCAAGUGGUUUGGUACUGUACAGCAGAGAGGGACAGUUCUGGUUCUUACUUCUAUUCAGGCAGCAAUCUGCACCGCUUGGCUUGUCUCUGCCUCACCAGCGCCUUAUAAAAACACAAAAUACCACAAUGAUAAGAUAGUUUAUGAGUGUGUAGUUGGGUCCACAAUUGGUUUUGCAGUGUUACUUGGCUACAUUGGCUUACUGGCUAUCCUUAGCUUCCUGUUAGCCUUCCUGGCGAGGAAUCUUCCAGACAACUUCAAUGAGGCCAAGCUGAUCACAUUCAGCAUGCUGAUCUUCUGUGCUGUGUGGGUGGCCUUUGUUCCUGCUUAUGUCAACUCUCCAGGCAAAUAUGCAGAUGCAGUGGAGGUAUUUGCCAUCCUGGCCUCCAGUUUUGGCCUCUUGGUGGCCCUGUUUGGACCCAAAUGUUACAUAAUAGUCUUCAGACCAGAAAGGAACACAAAAAAAGCAAUCAUGGGUCGAGGCACCACCAAGUCAUAA